GGCAAUUACGUUCCGCAAGAGAUAGCUCGUAUGGUUGCUUGUGCUGCAGCUAGCAUACGUCAUUCAGCAAGACGGCGUCCUAGAAUGAGCCAGAUUGCACGUGCAUUGGAAGGAGAUUCGUCACUAGACGACUUGAACGAAGGCGUAAAACCGGGGCAAAGCAAUGUGUACAAUCCCAACGGAAGCAGAGAGGGGGCCUACGACACCGGGGCCUACAAUGCCGACAUGGUGAAGUUCCGACAGAUGGUGAUGUCAUCCCAAGAUUUCAACAGCAGUGAUUACGGAACGAGCGAAUACGGGCUCAACCCUUCUUCUUCUAGCAGCGAAGAGAUGGGAAAAUCGAGAACACAACAUGCAUCCACGAAGACAGAUAACUAAUUAAUAAAUUAAAUAGCACCACGAUUU